AUGAGCGACGACACGACAUUCGAUUAUAUCAUCGUUGGUGGCGGGCUCUGCGGCUGUGUCGUCGCGGCGCGCAUUAAAAACUCCUUCCCACACCGGACAGUGGCCCUCAUUGAGACCGGAUCAGAUGCACGAGAAAGUCCGGACAUCCUCUCGCCCUCUCGAGCAUUCGCCCCAGCGGGGACGAAAUACCAUUACACCAACAUCACUACACCACAGAAGAAUUUAAAUUACCGCUCCAUCCCACUGGCAACAGGCCGAACACUCGGUGGCGGGUCUGCCGUUAAUUACGGAGCAUGGACAAGAGGUGAUAAAUCUGGGUACGACGAGUGGGCCGCUACGGUCGGAGACGAGCGCUGGACAUACAAUAGACUGCUUCCCUACUUCAAACUGUCCGAGACGUACCCGCUUUUGCAAGACAAGAUCAACCAUGGCUAUAGAGGCCCGAUCCACCUAUCAUCAGGGGGCCACGGGUACCCGCUUAGAGAUCAUGUUCGGGAUGCGAUGCUGGCCGUGGGCUUACCAUUCAACCCGGACCAGAACUGUGGGAAUCCCUAUGGCGUAUCGCCGUUAGUAGAGUCCUGGCACGAUGGUGAGCGGUCUUUCGCGGCGAAUACCUAUGACUUGAAUGGCGUCAAGCUGUUCACGGAUAGUCAAGUGGCGACGGUCAUAGUUCGGAAUAAGAAAGUGACCGGUAUUCGUCUUGUGAAUAAUCGCACUUUACAUACUCGGAUUGAAACGAUCGUCAGUUGCGGCGCCAUACGAACGCCACAGCUGCUCAUGCUAUCUGGAAUUGGACGGCCAGAUGAGCUCGAGCGACUUGCGAUUCCGGUACAAGUGGAAUCAACAGAGAUGGGUCGGAAUUUACAUGAUCAUCCCUCCAUAUCUCUCUGGUUUCCACUGCGAACUCCGGAAGCCGGUCUCGCAGUGGGUUCGGACAAGUUCAUGGCGAAUUCCAAAUACUUCGGUGGAAAUCCUAUGGACUGGUUCAGCAAUGCUCCAGCACCACAACUCGAGAUGAGAAAUGCUGCUAAAGUGGAUGGUCAACGAUCUCUUCGCGAGGAUGAUAUCGAAAUCUCAUGCAUGUAUGUUGCUACUCCUACGGGUCCUCACCCGCCACCAAGCAUGGAUGGCUCGCUUAUCACGCUUUCAAUAUGUGGUCUGUCGACAACAUCCCGUGGCCGAGUGACUUUAACAAGCGCCGACCCAGAUGAUCAACCGGUAGUGGACCCGAACUAUCUGGGAACCGAGCACGACCGAGCUGUUCUUCGGGCUGGUGUGCGCUUGGCUUUAGAAAUGAUGGAUUCCGCAGCUGGGAAGCGAUUCGCAAAAAGCGAGCUGCCACCAUCGCAGUUCUCUCCACUUAACUCCAAGUCGUCAGAUGAUGAACUCGAUGAGAGAAUCCGAGCUUGUGCAUGGACCUACUAUCACCCUGCAGGCACAGCAUCCAUGGGCACAGUGGUGGACACAGAGUGCCGUGUAAAAGGAGUUGAAGGACUAAGAGUUGUCGAUGCGAGUGUCCUGCCAGUCUCUAUCGGCGCACAUUUGCAGGCUGUGCUGUACGGAGUCGCAGAACGAGCCGCGGAGAUGAUUGUUGCUGAUACGAGAUAA